AUGUCAGAAGGAGACACAAGAGAUGAUUCUUCGAAGAAUCAUACUGAUGAGUCAAAGAUUCUGAACGCAUCAAUAAACUCAGGAAUAAAUGCUGUACAUGUUAACACAGCAAGAGAAAUGACUCAAUUACAUACGAGGGCAAGACUACCAAUACAUUUACAAGCUAAAAAUGAAAAUAGAAACAGUUCUAUGCCUAAGCCACAGAGAAAACCUCUCAUGAGUUCGACAUUCCCAAAAUCAAACUCUAAUGUAUCAAUUCCAGCUAAAUCACACACAGGCUCAUGUAAUAACCCUCAAUGUACUCAUUGUGGCCAAGUAAUCAUCCCUUCGCCAAAAUCAUCAUUACCCAUACAAGAUCAUCCAUCAAUAACUGUAAACGAUUGGAGCAUAUUCACUAUAAAAAGACCAAUAUUGAAUUCGACAGAAUUAGAUGAUUUGGCUGAUUCUAGAUUCGAGUUUCCAUUACCUGAAAUGAUAUUUGGAAAUAAUCUUGUGAAGCUUGUCAACGAUAAGGAUGGAUCCUCAAUAGAAUUUAACGCAUUGGAUGCAUUAGAUUCUUUGGAUGAAGAAUCCAGCUUGAAAGUCAGUUAUCAUAAGGAAUGGUUGGAAUCAAGAAGAUCACCAUCCACGGCUUCCUCGUCAGACAUUAUAGAUAAAUCCGAAAAGGCACAGAAAGAAAUCACCAAUAAAGACUUGAAAAAAUUAACCGAUUUAGAUUCGCUAAAGCCAUAUGAUUGGACAUAUUCAACUAACUAUAAAGGAACCAUAAAAAAUGUACAGUUCUCAGAAACAGACGAAAAGAUUCCAGUAGAAAAAUUAUUGAGACCUGAUCCAAUAUUGUUCUUCGAUGAACUGAUAUUAUUCGAAGAUGAAUUGGGUGAUAAUGGUAUCUCAAUGUUGUCAACCAAAAUUAGAGUUAUGCCAACAUGCUUACUAUUAUUAUGUAGAUUUUCCUUAAGGAUUGAUAAUGUUAUUUUUAGGAUAAGGGACACCAGAAUUUAUAUUGAUUUUGAUACUAAUUUGAUCUUGAGAGAGUAUAAAGUACAAGAAUGCUCUUAUAGUGAGGUAUUAAAAAAGAUAUCUAAUAAGAGCAACAACGAUCCAAAGAAGUUAUUAAGGGACACAAUGUGGGUGUCACAAAAUAUUCCAAUUCUAAGUUGUACAGUUGAAUCCAAUACUAUAUAG